UCUCUCCUUGCUAUUUCACAAGCCCAGGUUCCUCUCCGCUGAUGAGAAACCGAUCGAAAUGAAGCGAUAAGGUGCGCUCGUCACUAUCAGGCUUCGCCAUGGCCAAUUCAGACUACGACUGGAGUCUGCUGGACCAGAUUCCCGCCUUACCUCCGCCUCCCGGUGUCAAGUCAGAUUUCAAUCAUCCAGAAACGCGAGAGGAGCUGGCGAGAAUCGUGGUUGGCCUCACGUAUGGUUUAAUGCUUAUAUUUCUAGCACUUCGGAUAUACGCCCGAGUCAAAUUCACUAAUUCACUGGGAAUCGAUGAUUACCUUUCUCUCGCCGCAGGGGCUAGCAUUACGGCUUUCACGGGGCUCUCUCUUUCAUUAUUUGGAAAUCCUCUGGGUCCACACCAGUGGAAUGUCCCUCUCAGCCACUUCAAUGAGAGCUUUUUGGGGCGGACGCUUAGCUCCAUAGUUAUGUUUUCGGUCAGCUCUCUAUUCGUCAAAACGGCGCUUCUGAGCUUAUAUCUACGCGUAUUCGCUCCUAGCCCAACUGCGCGAGUGAUGAUCUGGCUAGGAAUUGUGACCAUCGUGGUGUUCUAUACUAUUUCUGUCAUUCUCAAUAUUCGGUUCUGUACGCCACUUUCAAUGACGACUCCUGUCCCGGACGAAGAGGAAUGGGCUAAGAAACUGGAGGCAAGCAACUGUUCUCAGCCAGUCUACAACCUCAACGCCGCAGUGGGCCUGUUCGGCGUUGUGUCCGAUAUUUACGUGCUCGUUAUACCAAUUAGCAUGGUUUAUGGACUGCGAAUGCCUCGCAACCGGAAACUUGGCAUUCUGGGGAUAUUUCUCACUGGGCUCUUGGCCGUCGCACUCUCGAUAACAAGUUCCGCAUUUCGCGUUCUUCAGUUGAAAUCAUACGAUUUUACAUGGGAUUCUAUCCCUAGCUACACUCUACGCGCUGCCGAACUCAAUGUUGGUCUCAUAUGCAGUUGUAUGCCCGUGGUUUUCGUUGUUUUGAAGAGAAUCUUGCAACCUGGGUCCCGCCCGUCGAAAAGGGUCCCCACGCCACGUACUCGUACGCCUAGUCAUGCGUAUAUAUCCGAUCUUGAAAGAGGCGACGAUAUCGCUGAUAUCGCGGAAUAUCAGUUCCCAAGUGCCCCGGCUCCAAUUGCGACCAUCAGUCUAAAGUCUUUUACUCAGCAAUCAUAUCGUCUCCCUACAACUAGAGGCCGCCGAUCGACAUAUUCUGAAAUUAGGUCGACGAAUUCGGAUGACUCGAAUAAUUCAAGAGACUCAGGAUGAAGCGACAGUCUACCUAGUACGGUGAUGCAAAACUCAGUGAAAUAGGUUCCGCAUCGCUUUCGGGAAAGAAGAAAGCAUCAAUGAAAAACUUCUCGAGCCGUCAAAUCCUCCUGGGCAGUGGUACAUUGGCACAA